GCGGCUUCGGUGGAUCCAAUGAGGUGACGCCGCGUUCCGGGCCCGACUGCUGAGAAUGAGCCGGUGAUAAGGGGAACUAAAAACGGUCAAGUGUGACAACAAAGACGCACUGAAUCAAGGCUAGACCAGGAACACUGAUCCCAGAACCCCCCGGAGAGCCCCUGCAUCAGUGCCGGCAGAGAGAAGGUGAGCCCGGGAACAGACUCACCAUGGGAGGGAGGAAGCUGCCACUGGUUGUUCUCGUCUGCCUUGUUCUGGCAAUGUUGCCUUCUGGAGCAGGGACAGUAGCUGUCAUGUCGGUGGACCUGGGCAGUGAGUGGAUGAAAGUCGCGAUAGUGAAACCUGGUGUGCCAAUGGAGAUUGUCCUCAACAAGGAGUCGCGGAGGAAAACCCCCAUUGCUGUAUGUCUGAAGGAAAAUGAAAGACUUUUGGGAGACAGUGCACUAGGAGUGUCUGUGAAGACCCCUAAAACUGUGUAUAGACACCUCCAAAGUCUCCUGGGAAAAAAGCACAAUAACCUCCAGGUAGCGCUCUACCAGAAACGUUUCCCUGAGCACCAGCUGCUGGAGCACCCAGUGAGAGGCACCGUGUACUUUAAAAACUCAGAAGAAACGCAGUUCACUCCUGAGGAGCUGCUGGGGAUGAUGCUCAACUAUUCCCGGGGUCUGGCUCAGGACUUUGCAGAACAACCGGUGAAAGACGCAGUGAUCACGGUCCCGGCCUUCUUCAACCAGGCGGAGCGGCGGGCCGUGCUGCAGGCGGCGCAGAUGGCCGGCCUCAAGGUUCUGCAGCUCAUCAACGACAACACCGCCGUGGCCCUGAACUACGGAGUGUUCAGGAGGAAAGAUAUCGACAAUACAGUCAAGAACAUCAUGUUUUAUGAUAUGGGCUCAGGGAGCACCACGGCCACCAUCGUCACGUACCAGACCGUGAAGACCAAGGAGGCGGGCACCCAGCCCCAGCUGCAGAUCAGAGGGGUCGGGUUUGACCGCGGGUUGGGGGGCUUUGAGAUGGACCUGCGACUCCGGGACCACCUGGCUAAACUGUUCAAUGAGCAGAAGAAGACAAAGAAGGACGUGAGGGAGAACCACCGGGCCAUGGCCAAGCUCCUCAAAGAGGCCCAGAGGCUGAAGACGGUGCUGAGUGCCAACGUGGACUUCAUGUCCCAGGUGGAAGGGUUAAUGGAUGACAUUGACUUCAAAUCUAAGGUGACCAGGACGGACUUUGAAGAUCUGUGUGCGGAUCUGUUCGACAGAGUGCCGGGCCCGGUGCAGGACGCCCUCAGCACCGCAGAGAUGAACCUGGAGGACAUUGAGCAGGUGAUUUUAGUAGGCGGCGCCACCCGCGUCCCCAAGGUUCAGGAAGUGCUGCUCAAAGCCGUGGGGAAAGAGGAUCUGGCGAAGAACAUCAACGCAGACGAAGCAGCAGCCAUGGGAGCGGUGUACCAGGCUGCUGCCCUCAGCAAGGCCUUCAAGGUCAAACCCUUCCUGGUCCGGGACGCAGCCGUCUUCCCCAUCCAGGUGGAGUUCACCCGUGAGUCAGAGGAGGAGGGUAUCAAGACCCUUAAACACAACAAACGUAUCCUCUUCCAGAGGAUGGCGCCCUACCCCCAGCGCAAGGUCAUCACAUUCAACCGCUACAGCGAUGACUUUGCUUUCUACAUCAACUACGGCGACCUGAGCUACCUGAGUCAGGAAGACCUCAGCGUGUUUGGCUCUCUGAACCUGACCACGGUCAAGCUGUCUGGAGUAGGCAACAGCUUCCAGAAGAAUGCAGACGCAGAGUCCAAAGGCAUCAAAGCCCAUUUCAACAUGGAUGAGAGCGGGGUGCUGCUGCUGGACCGGGUGGAGUCUGUGUUUGAAACUAUUGUGGAGGAGAAAGAGGAGGAAUCGACAUUAACUAAACUGGGAAACACUAUUUCCACCUUGUUUGGAGGAGGAUCCUCAGAACCUGCCGCAAAUGUGACAGAACCUGUCCAGGACGAGGAGGAAGUGCCUCCAGAGUCUGACAAGGAGGGCAAGGAGGGCAAGGAGGACAAGGAGGACAAGGAGGACAAGGAGGACAAGGAGGGCAAGGAGGACAAGGAAGACAAGGAAGACAAGGAGGACGAGGCCGAGGAGAAGCAGGACAACUCUGAGAAGAGUUCCGCUGAAGAGAAAGGUCAGGAGAAGACAGAGGAGGCGAGCAGCCAGACUGAUGCUCCGGAGGAAAAGGAUGGAGAGAAAGCUGAGAACACGGAGGCAGAGAAGGAAGCUGAGAGGAAGGCAAAACCUCAGAAAAAGAGCAAGAUCUCUGAAGACGUCACAGCGGAACUCAUCACCAACGACAUCCUUGACCCGACUGCAGAGGAUGUAGCCUCCUCUAAGAAGAAGUUGCAGGAUCUGACAGACAGAGACCUGGCCAAACAGGAGAGGGAGAAGUCCCUCAACAGUCUGGAAGCUUUUAUCUUUGAGACACAGGACAAGCUGUACCAGGAGGAUUACCAGUUGGUGGUGACGGAGGAGGAGAAGGAGCAGAUCUCCAGCAAGCUGAGCGAGGCGUCUGAGUGGAUGGAUGAGGAGGGCUACGCUGCCUCCAACAAGCAGCUGAGGGAGCAACUGUCCCAGCUGAGGAGCCUGUGUAAGGACAUGUUCUUCAAGGUUGAGGAGCGCCGCAGGUGGCCCGAGCGCCUGGCCGCCCUGAACAGCAGACUCAACACCUCCAGCUUCUUCCUGAGGAGUGCCAAACUGAUUCCAGAGGAUGACCAGAUCUUCACUGAAGUGGAGCUGAAUUUGUUAGAAAAAGUGAUCAACGAAACAAUGACGUGGAAAAAUGAGACUGAAGCCGAGCAGGAGAAGCGCUCUCCAAAGGAACGGCCCGUCCUCUUGUCAAAAGACAUCGAGUCCAAAGUGUCCCUGCUGGAGCGGGAGCUCAACUACCUGCUCAACAAGGCCAAGUUUGCCAAGCCCAAAGCCAAAGCCAAGAACAGCACAAGCUCUGAUAAAAGCAGCAAGGCCAACAACACCACCAAGGAGAAGGUCAUCCCCCCCACAGAGGAGAGCGCAGACUCAAAGAGUGAAAGCCCAGAGGAGGUACAGCCAGGGGAAGUCCCGCCCACUGAGGAGAGCGCUACAAACACAGACUCGGACAGCCAAUCACAGCCCACAGAAGAAUCAACAACCACAGGAGCAACAGAGAAGACCCAGCCUGAGAAGCACAUAGAGGAUGAAUUAUAACAGCUGGAACUGGGAAAAAUCACUUUAUUUAUUGAUAGUGUAUAAAUGUUCGCGUUCCUUCUCACUCUGUUUGUUUUUUGUUUAAUUUUGUCCUUUUGUCCUUGUUUAUUGAACCGCUGGAAGAUAAGGAUUGGGGACCACUCAGCUUGUCCCCUUCUUCUUCUGUACUCUCAUCUCCUCCGUCUCAUGGAUUCUAUAAGCUACCGUCACUCAAACACCAAGAAGCAGCACAACCAAAAUAAAGCCCAGAUGAAGGUCCAAAGCACCACCUCACGUCCAACAAACUGCUGAUGGAGAGGAGAUGAGGCCGUGCUGGGCCGUGUUGGGCCGUGUUGAGACCAUCCGGACAUUUGACAGGCCGAGUGUGUGUGUAUUCUCCGGUCUGUCCUCAAUGGACACUUCCUGUCCUACUUUGUCCUCUGCACUGAUUCUGUUUCUGUAGCUGGGAGGUUAGUAUUGGUCUAAAACCUGCAGCUGCUCUUUCCAUGGCCGAGUGGUGGUGAUCACUGACUAUUAAGCUGCUGCUUAAUAGUCCUUUAGAAUUUAUGUUUUUGCUCCAAGCCAGAAUGUAUUUGGCCAAAUAAUUUAUAGAUUUAUUUGUACCAUUUAUACUGUAGUCACUUACAGUAUAUUUAAAACUAUGUGGUAGCGCAGUCAGUUGAAUUUUCAUUUGGUUAAAGAAUCUGUCAUAAAUAUUCAUGGUUUAAUGGUAUAAUAUAGGAGGUCAUUAUAUAUUUACCAACUGGGCUAAAGAGUGGCUGUCAAUUAAGAAAGACUCAAUUCUAUAACCAUGGAAACUAGGUAUAACAUGCAGGUAGAACUGCCUCGUCUAUUAACAUAUGGUGGACCAGCGUGUUUCAAAGCAGAACUACUGAUGGUGGCAGAUCUACUGCCCCCUGCAGCUCAUUCAGAUCUACUGCCCCCUGCUGCUCAUUCAGAGUUUGUUAUUUUCCCAAUUAGUGACUGAAUACAUUCAUGAUAACCUCUCCUUUAAUGUGCAAGGUUCAGACCGUUUGGGUCCCCGCUCCCGCUCCCGCUCCUGUAUGUGUACUCUACUUAUAUGUGUGCCAUCUUUCUGCUGGUGUGGUUGAGUUCUUUCUGAUCCAACAGAAACUUUGAUUGUGUGCCAGGCACAGUGGGCACUCCAUCUUUAACAUUUCAUAAGCUGCUAAACAAUUUAGAGGGGGGGGGGGUCAUUUGUAUCUCACUAUUCUUUACCUGGACAUGCCCUGUGGUGCAGAUGUUGUCUGUUUUCCGCUGGAACGUUUGUGGGGGUUGGGGGUUGGGGGUGCGUCUGUUUGCAGCACUGUGGAUUAUUUGAAGGGGAGAACCGUAGAAAACAAAGUCAGGAAUGGAAGAUGCAAACAAUGUUGUCUUUCUAAACUGUUAAUAAAAACUCUUUUUGUUUUUCA